UGAAUUCUGUUGCCGUCACGUUGGCAACUUGUACUCUCUCCAACUGACUGAUGUAAAAGCCCAGAACCAAUUCGUGUGAUUCGUGAUCAGGAGGCUGCUCCUUGUAAUCAAACGUGUUUGACCAUCAUGUUUUUAACGUGAUUGAAUCAAAUUUGGUGCUCAACUGUUAAAAGAUCACAACUCUACCUUUAGUGACGGACUGACUGUUAGUGAUAUUUUAGUGUAAGUUCAAGUUGUAACAAUUUAGUCAUCGGUAGUCAUUCGAGUUAUUUUAUAGUAUUCCCGCUUCCAGAAUCAUAAUACAUUUUCUCCGGUUCCCCUUGGUGACGAGCGUUACAAUUAUAUUCCUCCCCCGCCAUCAUAAGAACUCUUCUAUUUUAUAUUGUUGUUUUCAAGGAGUAUUAUGAUAACUUCAUUUCGCGAUAUGAUGAAUCAUGUUUUAGAUUUUAUCUGGAGAGCUAUCACAGAUUAUUUGCAGGUUGAAACGCUGGGAUAACUCUUUAAUGUGUGUGAUAUGAAUGCAAUGGUCUUUGCUACAAGCAGUUAUGUUAUAAGAAGGAUGGACAGAACAUUAGAUGCAAAAUAUUUUGUUACCAUUGAACAUUGUUGAACGUUAGAUUUGCCUCUCAAUAGGAUGUUUCAGUAGAAUUUUAGAUUAUUGAAAAUCAGUUUGACCGUUAGUGAACCGCAUUCCGAGAAUGGGCUUCAAACUGAGUUCUUCUCAAGGUUAUUUGAUAAACUUUCGUCCGUUUUUCAAAAGAAAUUUGAAAAGUGCAGGUUAGUGAGCGAAAAUAUUGUGGAUAUGCCACGCAGGAAGGAUAAGAACGUCCAAGGAACGUCCAAAGUCAUUCUUCUAUUCAACCUCAAUCUUCUGUUCAUUUGGAUACCUAUAAUUGUUGGAGUAAACCCAGUUUCAACUUCAGCUGUUAUUGGGGAAGAAAUGGUGCUAAACCCGGCCUGUACCAGUUUCCAAAUUGGCGAUCCAGAAAAAAAUGAGUUUUAUUCUCCCAACUAUCCUGGUCUAUACCCUAAUCAUACCGACUGUAUAAAAAUAAUCACUGCCGAAAGUGGUAACCUGCUACGUCUAGACUUCAGAGACUCAUUCAAUGUUGAGCCAUCUGAGGACUGCAGGUUCGACUACCUGGAGGUGAGGGAUGGGGCUCACGGCUACUCGACCAGGAUUGGUCUGUUCUGCGGACAUGACUUCCCUCCAGUGCUCACAUCCAGUGACAGAUACCUGUGGCUCAGGUUUCAUUCCGAUGAGACGAUUGAGUACACGGGCUUCAAAGCAGUGUAUUCACAAAUACCCAAGCCAACAGGAUUACCUGGCGAACACCCGGAAUUAGGUAUCUGUCGCAUUGAGACAGAAGGAUAUGAGGGCUUUGUUAAUAGGAGCGAUAUUGAUCCAGAGAGGGUGAGGACAUCGUUGAUGUAUGGAGUGCCAUUGGACUGCAUGUGGGUGAUUCGUGUUCAAGAGGGUUGGAGGAUACAACUUCAUUUUUCCACGUUCUCGCUGGAAAGGCCGAAUGAUUGUGACUCAAAUUUCAUAGACAUAUUCUCUGAGAAAACCGACCUGCCUUCUAGAUUAUACAACUUUUGUGGAUCCAUCGCAGAGUUAGUACAAAGUCCUGGCAAUGUCCUCCAUCUUCGCUUCAUGGCUGAAGCCAAAGCAGUGAAUUCUUCAUUCGAAGCACUAUUCACUGCAUUCAGACUCAAGGACAAGGAUAAAGGAGAAACAUCAUGUAGGGAAGGAGAGUAUGAUUGUGAGGACGCCACUUGCAUCAUGAGUGACUUGAAGUGCAAUGGCAGAAUUAAUUGCAGGUUCAAGUGGGACGAGGAUGACUGUUUGACAAAGACUGGUGCUUUGACAGAUCACAUGAUAAUCAUCCUCACAAUAUUCUUCCUGAUUUUGACAGGAAUGUGCUGUACCUUCUUAUUCAACUGUUUCAGAAAAUUAGUGCGGGAUCACCGUAUAAUACAGGCUCAAUUGAGAGAAUCAAGAGAGAGUCACCUAGAGCAACUGGGUAGAAAAACACCAGCAGGAGCAGUUAUCACGCCGCUGGCUACAGUCCUUUCCAACAGUGCUAAUUCAGAGAGCCCUGCAAAUAUCAGAUCAGUAUCGCCGCCACGGUUGCGAAAUACAGUGUCACCUCAAAGUGUAAAGGCAACAGCCGCACGAGGUGACUGCUAUGUACCCGUUUCAGCCGGAGAUCUCUUGCCAAUUGUGGUCAAGCAACAGUCCAACUGUUCUUCAAGUUUGGCCAGGGACGAAGCCAAUGCUGCCAUAUUCAAGGGCUAUGGAGAUAGGGGUGAUUCAACGAGUGCCGACAUUGAUGAUGUUGAUCAACUUCUACUGCCGGACGAUCUCCACUUACACUUACCAGAGAUGCGCGAUAGUGAAUGCCAAACCAGAGAAAGUCUUUUCCAUAACUCUGGUUACACUCCAAACACGUCAACUGGAAGUCGAACUCCACCGCCUCCACCACUCGCCGCCAGAUGCCAGCACCAGCACAGUUCCACCGCAACCGACCAGCAGCAAGUCACCUCCAUACAUGAUUCCAGGUCAACUCCAGAUGCCGGUUCGUUCACAACUUUCGGCUAUGGACGAAACCAUAGACAGAGUCAACAAGUGCCAUCAGCGCCACCUGUUCCAGCUCAACAGAAAGCCAACAGCCAGAGGUUUCGGGCCGAAGCAGUCAUUCAGAUGGAUAAGUAUGCCGCAGCGGGUGGCGGGGGGAGUGGGGCGACACAACCAGUUGCUCGACCCUACAGUGUCGAUUCAACCAAAUCAGCACCCGAUGUGAUUGUGACACACUGACAACGGUCGACCGGCUCUGAAUGGGAGCCAUACAAGCGACGCAUGCCGAGAACCCUCCUUGCACAAAAUGAUGUGACCACAACUCGCAACGGAGAAUCUCAACCAGAAGACAAGCCUGUAGAUGAAAACACACACAACUCAAAAUCCACUCAGUCGGACAUUGAUUGCAAACAAAUUGAAAACACAUCCUGCUUAGAAAGCUCCGUAAAUGUUAGUGAUACAAUGUCGUCUAUAUCAUCUUCACCCUCCACUUACACUUGGUCAAACGCUGAUCACAGUAUUCAUUUACCUACUGACAACGCUUCAGUGAUCGAGGAAAAACCUGUGAAUGAUGUGAAACCCGAUGCAAAAAUCAUGAAGAGAGUAGCGGUGGGCCCAUUAGAAUCGUGGAACUCAUCCAGUUCGAGUUCAGUUGGGGGACAUCCACCAGAGUAUGUACUUCCACCCCCACCACCAACAGCCACGUUUCACAGAAAAGCUCUCCUCAACCAUUGUCCAGUCACAAAUCAACUAGCCAACACAUUCAUCAUUACUGAUGGCUUUUCAGCUAUAACAGAUGUCCCUGAUUGCAGAGUGGAUAAGAAGGGUCUCUCUAGGGCUCCUGCUCCUAUGAACAUUCCGACUCAUCUCUGUCAACACCCACUUGCUAAGCAUCCCAGGAUUCUGAGUGGAAGCAGCGGGGAUCUGCACAAUUACCGUAUGGUGCCAGUGCCAAUCCCUCCUCAUACUUACCAGCAUCAAGAUGGUACAUUUCCAAGAAGGAUAGUCUACCAGUGCUCAACAUUGCCACGAAAUCGUUCUAAACUAUCGUCCACUUCAUCGUGAAAUCUGAUUAUUAUUAAAAGUGUGUCAGAGUCAAGGAUGUCAAUGCUCUAGCCUUGAUUCAAUACUUUAUUAUGCUUUCCUGAACUUUACAUUGCGGUCAUUUGAUUGUCACUGAGUUGAAGGCUUUUCUUCAAAAACACUAUCGAUUGUUUUUUUAUUGAUUGCAGCAAGAUCUGUUUGAUCUUGAACCGUUUCAUGAUCAGAAUAAUUCUUGAUAUCACAAAUUAUAUGAUCACAAAUGAAAUCAACAGUGUUUGACUUCCGAAAGUUUAUUCGUCCAUAACUGACUAUCGAUGAUUUAUUGAUGCUGGGUUGCACUAACAAACAUCCUGUCCUGAACCAGUUGAUCAUACUUACAUUAUUGACAUAGCGCUGAUCCCGGAUUAAAAUUGAUCUCGGUUGAUGUAAACCAGUAUGAGGGUGGUUAUAGUUGUGAAACUUAGUUUUACAAUAACUUAUUGUAAAAAUUGUUAAAUAGUUCAGUGACAAUAUUGAUCCAGAUUAUAAAAAGGAAUAUACAAUGAGUACAUUGAUUAUGAACCAGUAUGUUGUGAGUCUUAAUCGCUACCAUAAAGUAAUCUCCACAAAAGUUUCUCUCUGAGAAUACUUUCGAGUAUAGCUCCUUUUGUAAUACUCAUAGAAUAUAAUUAUGUUUAUGGUUUCGGCUUGAAAAUGUGCAACACCAGCAUGAAACAUGUUUCCUCAAUAAUAACGUUAUGUCAUUAUUUUAACAAACUUGUAUUUUGAUUCUAAAUUAUAUGUUUUCAAUUUAUAACUAGAAAGAAUUUGCAUACUUACUACAAUUAAGUCCUCCAUGUUUACUGGAUAAAGCAAACAAUACAAUAGUCAGAAAAAAAGCAGGCUAUUGCCCAAAACUUCUAUUUCUCUAUUUGUCUAAAUCGUCCAAAUAUUAAGUAGGUAUGUCCAUAUUAAUUUCUGCAUCAAAUCAUUAAUCUCGGAAUUACAAAUCAAAAUAAAACAAACAAUUUCAAAUUUAGAUAGGAUAAUAAAAUUUUUAGUUUGCAUUUUUCAACUUUGCAGUAAGAUUGCCUUUCUAUUCUGUGGAAAUUGAGGUGAAAAUUGAUAGACUCUUAUGUGUGAUGGAGCCUCAAAAGGGUAUAUUGAAUUUAAAUUGGCAAAAUUACUAAAAAUACACAAAUGUUUUAGUGAAAUAAGUUUGAAUAUGCUGACUGCAUAGUCACUGUGUUCUAGUUUUCAUUAAAGAAAUAAUACUUCUGAAGAUCGUUCCAUUACAAUGAUUAAAAGUGAAGAAUGUAUUCUAUAUCAUGUUUAAACGACUUUUCACAAAAUAAAAAUGGGACAGCUGGAAAUGUAUGGAAAUAGCCUAAGUUUGUAAUUGGAAAUUGGAGUUUCAAUUAUUGAGAACGUUACAGUAUUGGUAUCUAAUAUUAAGGUUGUGUCCAUAUCUUGUAACAGGUGAUAGCAUUCAAAUUUUCAUUCACAUAUACUCAUAUCCAACAGAAAUAGUAGAUUUAUGUGAUCUUCAUUUCAGUUCAAAGUGAAAAAAUAUUAUAAAUUCGCUAUAGUUACCAUAGUUGUAUGAAAUUUAAUUGUACAAUCUCACUAGAUUACUAUUUUAAACUUCAAAAACUGAAAAGUAAAGAUCACUAUGUAUCUUAUAUGGUCAAAAAAGUGUUGGGCAGUUAUUUGAUAAGUUGAGGAUAAAAACUAAUUCCAGUGGAACUUACUCUUCAGUAAUUUCCGAUAUCUGAAAGAACAUUCAAACCCACAAAUUAUCCAAUGCGUAAUGAAAUCGGAUACAUCAAUAUUGUAUUUAAAUGUGAAAACAUACCGUACACAUCUGUUGAAAUGCACUGUUUGAGUAUAAAUAUUGAAAAAAAUUGAAUAAGUGAGAAGGGAAGUAAGUGUAAGCUUAUGAAUAUUUUGUAUUUAUGAUUGAACGCUAAAAUUAGAUACUUUUAUUAGUGACAUUAUGAACUCGUUAUAUGAUUUAAAGUAAGCAUUACUAGGCCAAUAUCUCAUGUUAUUUUGAUGAUUACUUAUCAUUAUUAGUUUGAAUAUCUAAUUCACAGUACCCAUAAGUAUAUCUCACACUAAUUAUUCAUAAUUUUGUUAUGAGUGGUAAAAUGGAGGAGACAAGCAUCAGAUAUACCAAUGUUAAUAAUUUGAAAAUUGAAUUUAUUUUGUGAAUUCAGUGGUUCGAUAUUUUAUUAAAAAAUUCAUUUAGGCUAUGGUACCGACUUUAUUUUAUCCUACAUUAUCAGAAUCUCAUUGGGAAUGUCAUCUCUAAACGUUGAAGCCAAACUAUGUAAAUUUCAUUUGUAAUCAUGCUACAUUCAUUAGAUUUUAACUAUUGAUAUACCUCCUAAUCUUGUUCCUAAUUUAAGCAUGUGUUCUUGCAUACUUUUCCAGUAUUUUAUCUUGUCAGCUGCUUUGUUAUUAUUUAUGAUUUAUUGCAUAUAAAUUGAAAGAGUUGAAAGUAC